UGGCUCGGUGCGCGGUCCCGGGAGCCCGCCGCGCUCCCCGCAUUCCUCCGCCCGCCCGGCCCGGCCCGGCCCCGGCCCCGCUCCGGCCCCGGCCCCGCUCCCGGCACCGCGGCCGGCCCAGCCCCUCCGGAGCACGGAGCAGCAGGUUGUCCCAUAUCCGUGGGGGCUCAGGGUCGGAGCCCAGAGCAGCCAGCACCAUAGCGUCCAACAGCUGGAACGCCAGCGGCAGCCCUGGGGAGGGGCGGGAAGAUGGCCAGGACGGCAUGGACAAGAGUCUGGACAAUGAUGCCGAGGGAGUGUGGAGUCCAGACAUCGAGCAGAGCUUCCAGGAGGCGCUGGCGAUCUACCCACCCUGCGGCAGGAGGAAAAUCAUCCUCUCAGAUGAGGGCAAGAUGUACGGUCGUAACGAGCUGAUCGCCCGCUACAUCAAGCUGCGAACGGGGAAGACCCGGACGAGGAAGCAGGUGUCCAGCCACAUACAGGUUCUAGCUCGGAAGAAGGUGCGGGAGUACCAGGUUGGCAUCAAGGUCUCUAGCCACUUGCAGGUUCUUGCCCGACGGAAAUCUCGUGAGAUUCAGUCCAAGCUGAAGGCCAUGAACUUGGACCAGGUCUCGAAGGAUAAGGCUCUGCAGAGCAUGGCUUCCAUGUCCUCAGCGCAGAUCGUGUCAGCCAGCGUCCUGCAGAACAAGCUCAGCCCCCCUCCUCCUCUUCCUCAGGCCGUCUUCUCUGCUGCCCCCAGGUUUUGGAGUGGGCCUAUCCCAGGACAGCCUGGACCCUCUCAGGACAUUAAACCGUUUGCACAACCAGCUUACCCCAUCCAGCCACCCAUGCCUCCAUCACUAGCCAGUUACGAGCCCUUGGCUCCGCUCCCGCCAGCUGCCUCGGCCGUGCCGGUCUGGCAGGACCGCACCAUCGCCUCCGCCAAGCUCCGGCUCCUCGAGUACUCCGCCUUCAUGGAGGUGCCCCGGGAUGCUGAAACGUACAGCAAACACCUCUUCGUGCACAUCGGCCAGACGAACCCCUCCUACAGCGACCCCCUGCUGGAGGCCGUGGACAUCCGCCAGAUCUACGACAAGUUUCCCGAGAAGAAGGGCGGCCUCAAGGAGCUCUAUGAGCGUGGGCCCCAGAACUCCUUCUUUCUCGUCAAGUUUUGGGCGGAUCUGAACAGCACGAUCCAGGACGGGCCAGGGACCUUCUAUGGUGUCAGCAGCCAGUACAGCAGUGCAGAGAACAUGACCAUCACAGUCUCCACCAAGGUGUGCUCCUUUGGGAAGCAGGUCGUGGAGAAGGUGGAGACGGAGUACGCGCGGCUGGAGAACGGCCGCUUCGUCUACCGCAUCCACCGCUCCCCCAUGUGCGAGUACAUGAUCAACUUCAUCCACAAACUCAAGCACCUCCCGGAGAAGUACAUGAUGAACAGUGUCCUGGAGAAUUUCACCAUCCUGCAGGUCGUUACGAACAGGGAUACCCAGGAAACCUUGCUCUGCAUUGCCUUCGUUUUCGAGGUGUCCACCAGCGAGCACGGCGCCCAGCACCACGUGUACAAGCUGGUCAAGGACUAGGGGCCCCUGGGGACAGGCAGGGCCACGAGGGGCCUGCAGGGGAGGGAGGGGGCCCUGCAGAAAUGCCACCCGUGCCUGUUGCCUUGUGAGAAGUCAUUUGAAGACAGGAGGAGGAAGAAAAACAAUAGCCAAAAAAGACUGACUUGUGAUGAUCGCAGAUGUUUUCUACUUAGGAACAGUUUCUUUUUUUUUUUUUUUUUAAUAAAUAAAUAAAAUUACCAAAAAAAAAAAAAAGAAAAAAAGAAAAAGAAAAGAAGAAUGGGAAAGGAAGUGUAGGGAGAAAGGAAGGCCACAUCUGGUGCUGGAGAGGGAGAGAGCAGCCCUCGGUGUUGCUGAUGGAGGCCAGGAUCCCAGCGUGCCAGCAGCAGGACGAGGAGCAGAGGAGGAGCCCUCCUUCCACGCCAGCCUUGCUCAGAAGUGGCUCUGGGCCUGAGAGGAGAGGAGAGCAGCGAGCAUGGACGGGCAGGAGGAUGCAGCACCGUGCCAGGUCUGGAACUGGUGGGCAUGGCAGCGACAGCAGCGCUGGCACCGCGUGGCACAGCCCAGGGCACGGGGGAUGGACAGGCAGGGUGGGGCAGGGGGACACUGCCACCCCCAGGGGUGCUCCUUCUCCAUGCCCUGGGAACCAGUGAAGGCAUGAGGGCAUUGACAAUGCAAACCACGGGGGUUUAUGGCUCCUUUUUUUCCUUUUUUUUCCUUUUUUUUUUUUUUUUUUUUUUUAAUGAAAGUGCUUUUUAAUACUUUUUAAAAAGACACCAUGCUUGUAAUCAGGCUGAUGGCCCUCUGCAGUGCCAGGUGCUGCCCUCCCACCCUGCAUGGGAAGUGGCUUGUUUAGGGAAAGGUUUGGGGUGCCUCCACCUCUGGCUGGGAUUUGUGGGGGAUUCCUCGUGCUGUGUUCAGGAAUUGCACUUGGGGCUGGCCCAGGCUCAGUGUCCCCACUGUGGCUGCUUGCUGAGGAGUCGUGAGUGCAGAGCAGUGAGGGGCAGAUUGCCUGAUUUAUUUUGUGUAUGUACAUUUUCCUUGUUUCUUUUAUUUUUUUUGUUGUUCCUUCACCUUUUUUUUUGCCUUUUUUCUGCAAUGACUGUUCCAAACUGCUCCGUCCACUCUCCUGCAUCCUGUGGGGAGUGGCCAGGGAGGUGCAGGGAAAAACAUUGAGCAGUGCAGGGCCAAGCUGUCAGUGGGCAAGGAGAGAGACAGAGAGGGGACAGAGACCAGGAGGGGUGCCAGGAGAAGGGACUGGGUCAGCUUGGAGGUAUUUUUGUGGCUGCAGCCCAAAGUAAGCCAAGGCAGAGUGCCCAGUCCUGAGGCUGCAGUUGCAAGGGCAGAGUCUGGGGAAAGCAGCCCCAGGCUGCAGGAGGGUCACAGAGGGACAGAGGUGGCAGGGAGCAGGGUGGCAGGAGGCUGGCAGGGGGACAGAGAGCCCGGGGUGGCCAGGUCUGGAUGGGUUUCUCAUGUUGGCAGGGGAGUGAAGGCAGUGGGAAGGAGGCAGGGGUGUUCUGAGGGGCACUGCAGCUGCUUUGGGAGGGGGACAGGGCAGGGUUGGGCUCAGUGCAAGGAGCAGGAACAGCCCCAGAGCUCAGGAAGGUGCCUUGGCUGCUGCCUUGGUGCCACGUGUCCUGUGAGGCAUGGGGACUUCGACCUCUUGCUGCUGGGAAAAGCCACCCAUCCCUGAGGGAAGGGGCAGAGCCAGCCCCGGGCCAGGCUCUGGUGGGACUGGACUGAGGUGGCUGCAGUGAGCAGGGCAGACGGAGCAGGGAGGGAAAAAGAGAGAAAAAAUCCAAAGCCAGGCACUGGCAAACCAUGCCAGGGCUGUGCUGGGCCUCUCUGGCCAAGUUCUCAUAUGUAGCAUGUUUGUUUGUUGUUUUGUAGGUUUUUGGGUUUGUUUUUGGGUUUGUUUUUUUUCCUUCUGUUUCACUCACUGAUCUAAAACUCUGGGAAUGCAAACUCAGAAAGCUCCCCCACCAUAAACCACAGGCGUGCCCACUCCCAGCCCUGAUGGGGGACGAAGCUCUUUGUUAACUGGACCGGUUUGUGCCUCCAUCCCUCCCUCCCUCCAUCCCUCCUUCCCUGCCUCCCUCGUGCCUGCACCGAGCCCAGGGCUCACACUGCACCCCACGCACACAGACUGCUGCCCCCAGCAGCCCUGGCUGGGGUUUAGCCAUGAUCCCAGAGACACUUUCUCAGCUCCCCCAGCCCCUCCGUUCGCCUCCAGUGUAUUUAUGAAUUUCACAUGAAGUACUGUUUUAUUUUUUUAAAGACUUUGUAAAGCUUACCAGGGUUACAAUCACCAUUUUUAGAGCUGCGUCAGUCCACAAUGUUAAAAAAUCCAAUUUUUUUAUGUAUUAUAUUUUUUGUGUAUUUUUUUUAAUCCAGCUGUGAUGGGUUGUAUCAUAUAUUUGUUGUGUUUACUGUAUCUGUCCAACUUCAAAGAGAGGAGACUGUGGAGCUCCGAAAAAACUACGGUCUGCUAAAAAAAAAACCAUUAAAAUUAUUUGUUCAUGGGUUGGCUCAA